AUGAACUGUCUCGGCGUUUGGUUCUCAUUAAUUUAUUACAAGCUUGUGACUGCAGUUAACUUAUUCAAAGUAAAAAAUAUUAGGUCAGGUUUAUUGUUUUAUAAUGCAAGUCACUUUCUGUAGAUUUUUGAAGCGUGCGAUGAAGAUAACAAAGGCUAUUUAAGCAGAGAGAACUUUAAAGUUGCUGUAGUAAUGUUUGGUUAUAAACCAUCAAAGGUGGAGGUGGAUUCAGUAAUGUCUUCUGUGAGACCAUGAAAUUCCAGUAAUAUUCUAUUAUUUGAAAAGUUUUUAAAUCUCAUGAGUGCAAUGAAGGAUGCACAGUUAUACAGUAAUGAAACAAGGAAAAUGUUUUCAGCUUUUGCUGCGCAAGACAGAGGAUUUUUGACUUUUGAAGACUUCCAGAGAGCCUUCAAUUCUGUUUCUCCUAAGUUAUCUGAAAAAAUCAUAGUCGAAGCCUUCACAGAAGUUGAUCAGGAUUCUGAUCACCGCAUAAGCUUCAAAGAGUUUGAAUCUGCAAUGAAGUAUGGACAAGAUGAAGUAUCACCAGUGUACUUUGCCUAA